AUGCUCGGCCAGUUUGUCGUGUCGGGCUCUGGUGCUCCAGAUCGCUACGACGGCCUGAGAUCUGGAGCUCCGUUACCGGCCCUGUUUCUUGCGUGUUAUAGGGUCAGCGAAACGUGUCCGAUAGACGCAGCAAAUGUAACCUGCUUUGGUCGCACAACCAAUUUGGAUCGCACACCCUCAGACGUUUCACUCUUACCUGAGUCAAGCGAACGAGACCGAACUGGACGAGCAGCAGUUCCGCAAGAAGAUGCAGCCAGCCAGGAAAACCCAGAGGACAGGGUCGUAAGUCGUUCUGCUCUUCUCUCUCGUAACGGCCCAGAAAUAUGGUGA